UGGUCACAAGACUUACGCGAGAAACAAAAUAGAAACCAUUAUUUGCUCGGAAAUUUAGAUUCAUUAUGGAUGAUUUACAGACAUUGCUUGACAAAGCAGUCACAGAAUAUGAGAAAUGUGCUUCAACUCCGAGUGUUUUGCUGGAAGAUUGUCAGUAGAAGAAGAUCAACUGAAAGUGGAAAGCGAAUGGGCGCAGAGAAAUCUAACCUUAAAUGGAAAGAGAGUAUUUCUCAAAACAUUUUAUUUCAAGUUGAAUGUUAAUAGUCAAGUGGAUGGCAAGUAUUUGGAAGUUCCACCAACACAAUUAAAUAACAAACAGAUUUCAUGUUCUACAAAGACAGGAAAUUUAACAGCUAUAGUAAGAAAAAUUGCUGGGGAUGCCAAGAAAAAUGAUACUCAACACAUUGAGAUUUGGUCACGAACUCAUUGCAUAAAAUGCUACACCUUGGAAAAUGUUCUUUCUAAACAUGGUACUAUCCAUAACAAUGAUGAAAUAAGUUGUCUUGAAUGGUCUCCAUGUCAGAGAUAUUUACUCUACAUUGCGGAAAGGUUACCAUCAAAAACUGAGUCAUAUUUUGCAGACAAAAAAGAAAAGAGCUCAACUGAAGAUGAAAAAUUGGAAAAGGGCGAUAAGUUUGCAUACAAACAAAACUUUGGAGAGCAGAUGAACAAUGUUUAUGAUACGGUAAUUGCUAUCUUGGACACCAAAAACGACGAUGUUAAAGUGAUUGAAGGAUUGCCUGAUAAUAUUCGUCCUGGAGCGUCAUUAUGGAGUCAAGACGGUCGUUCUUUAAUCUUUUGUGGUCAUAUUGUGGCGCCAUUUAUACUAGGUGUAAAAUAUUGUCGAAACAGAAAGACUGGCAUUUAUCUUUUGUCUCUAGAUGAUAAUUCUUGUGUUGUGUUGAGUGAUGAAGAUGAAGCAUGCAGCUCGCCUCGUCUUUCUCCUUGCAGAGAGAAAUUGGUCUAUCUUUCAGGAAUUCCUUAUGGUCCGCAUAUGUGUUGUCAGAAGAUGAUAGUGGUGGAAAUGAAAAAGCCGAAAGAAAGGAAAAUUUUGGUCGAUGUCGUCGAUAAACCAAAGAAUGCUGAAGCAUUUCCUGGAAUUUAUAACUUUGCUUUACCAAAACGCACAUGGUCAGAGGAUAGUCGAUACGUCAUCUUUCAUUCUAUCUGGCGUUCAAAUCAGGUAAUCAUCGCCAUUGAUGUGCUUAAUGGAAUGGUGUCGCGAAUCACAUCAGGAAACGGAUGUUGGACAGUUCUCGAUAUCGUUAAUGGUUUCAUUUUAGCGUCGUUUUCAACUCCAAACUCUCCUCAAGUUUUGAUGCUUGCAAAACUACCAAGUAUAUUGAAGGAUGCGGUUCUUUCGUGGAUAAGAGUGGGUGACGAUUUUGGUUCACUGGAGGAUGUGAUUGAAUGGAACAUUGUCUCUUUUACACCUAAAGACUUUCAAGAUAACUGGCAACAAUAUGAAGGCUAUUUGAUGAAACCAAUUGUUGAUGACUCUAGAAAAAUACCUCUAAUUGUGUUCCCUCACGGAGGUCCACACAUUGCGUCUAUGACAUGUUUCAAUCUCCAUGGUGCGUUAUUUUGCAAGCUUGGUUUUGCUGUUUUGUUUGUUAACUAUCGUGGUUCAUUGGGUUUUGGCCAAAGUGCCUUGAUGUCAAUACUUGGUAAAAGUAGUAUUCAAGAUGUUGAAGAUGUUCAGAAUGCAGUGAUGACCAUUCUGAAAAAUCAUCCAGGAGUGUUUGAUGAAGAAAAAUUAUUUUUGACUGGCGGAUCUCAUGGGGGAUUUCUUACAGCCCAUCUUAUUUCGCAAUAUCCUAAUUUCUACCGGUCAUGUGCCAUGAGAAACCCCGUAAUUGACUUUACAGUUAUGUUGGGAACAUCAGAUAUUUAUGAUUGUUGUUAUUCCAUUGUAAACGAGGAGUUUUCGUUUGACGAUAUUCCUUCACUGCAACUAAGAACGAAAUUGCUUCAAGUGUCGCCUAUAAUUCACGCUCACAAAGUGAAAACUCCAGCUCUGUUGCUGUUAGGCGGUUCUGAUCUUAGAGUCCCUUCUUCCCAAGGAUUGCUUUACUACAAAACCUUAAAAGCGCAUGGCGUUAAGACUAGAUGCUUAUUCUAUCCUGAGGAUAACCAUACUUUGGAUAAAGUCGAAACAGAGGCGGAUGUUUUGUCAACAUGAUAAAAUGGUUUUCGUCUGCAUAACCAAAUUAUUACCAAAUAAAUUGAAUUUUUGAAUAAUUCGUUCGAAUCAAACCGUGGUUGGAGAAGUAAUUUAAAAUUUUCACUUUUGAAAUCAAAUCAUAAGUUUGAUCAUUUGUCUGUCCUCGAGAGUAUGGAAAAGAAGGAAACUAGGAGUUCCAAGAGGCCGAACGGCCAGAAGAUAGACUACCUCAGACAAAUGGCAAAUCAUUGAUAAAUACCAACAUAUAAAAUACUUUUAUUUGUUAUAAACUGUGCUUUUUUGAACAAUCAUACAAGUAAAUCACGAACUAUGAUAAAACAAUGAAUAAUUAAAAAUGAAAUAGGUUUGUAAAAGUGAA